UCUUUCUGCAACUAGAAUGUCCGGAAAUUCUAUAUUAUAAUCUGACUGUUUUUGUAAACGACACUACAUAUUCAAGCUGCAAACUGCUUUUCACAAUUUGCCUCCCAGUACGGUGCAACACGCAGCACGCCAACCGUGCCACUUCACGCAGCUUCAACUAUCGUCCAUUGUAUUGACUGCCUGCGUCAAGUGACGUAAUUCCCCUCCCCCACGAUAUGGUGGUAGCAGGAGGUACAGUGCCACCUGUUGCUUGGGCCCAAAGAGAAGGUUUAGCCAUAAUGCUGCACGCAUGUAUAAUACCCAGGUGACAAGUGCUUGCCUAACACUGGUGAGACCCUGCCUCACUGCCCUCUAUAGAAACGGUCGGGCUGGGCGUACGUACGUAGGUACCUAUGUAGGUACUUACGUACCUAGGUACCUUAGUAAACCAGCAACACAAUAUAAUUUGACAGGCUCGUCUCUUCUUCGAGGUGUUCAAUGAUGGCAUCGUUCCCAAUCUUCAUCGGAUUAUACUUCUAACCUACCUACCCAUCUGCAGGGCCUUUUCAGUAUAGCGACACGUUUAAUAUAUUGACAACCCGUCUUUGCAUACUGAAGUCAAAUUGAAAAGGUUAUCCUGAACAUUUACCUAUUUACCUCCGACCCUAGCCAUAAAUACCUCUGCAAAAGUCACAUAGUUUCCCCAGAACGCCAUGGGACUAUGCGAUCAGUGCCAGACGAUCCCUCUUUGGGAUCUACCACCCUUUCAGCUAUCUGAUUAUACGUGCGGCCUGGAACAGCUUGGGAAACCACACUAUUUCAACCUAGUUCGAAAGGAUGAUGUGCCCGGCGCAGCUACGCCAAUAGGAUUUCAUUGGCACCAGGACCGAGGUGGCUUGUGGCAGUCUGCGGCUGGUGGAUGCCCUUUGUGCCGCCUCGUGGAUAAACAGGCCCGCCUGGUGCUAUCAGACUUGGAUGGCGGUGACCAGCAUGCGGCUAUCAUGAAGAACAAACCGCGCCAAGCUGAUAUUCUUCGGCAAGUGAAGGAGAAAGUCGAGACCCAUUUACCAUUUGGCGACAAGGAAAAGAAACCUGACGACAAUGACGACGUGAUGACGAACAUAGCUGCGAUGGUGGCCGAGGAGAGCAAUGUAACUUUGCCAAGGCCUAGUUUCGAUCUCUGGCUCACAAAUCGCGGCUCAGCCGGCGCGGGCCUUAUGGUCUUCUCGACUUCAAUGCAGGGACCCGGAGUUGCUACAGAAAAGUGCCUCAUUCCCAUUGCUAUUAUUGGGUUUUGCUCGGAGCCCGAGGAUUCUCUUUCGAGCAUUCUGCCGGGUCGCCCAAUCGAAGCAGCUCCGGGCCCCAGUGCUUUCGCUCUUGCAAACAAGUGGUUGGAACAAUGCGACCGUCGCCACCAGCUUUGUUCUGCGCACCUUGGUCAACCGCCUGCUCUAUUACUAGAUUUGGACAAUGCCACAGAACAUAGUCAGGCAACAGUCAGACUUUGCGAGCCUCCUGUACAGGUGCCCCUGCAAUAUGUUGCGCUUAGCUAUUAUCAUGAUGAAGGAUCUGGCCAUAACGUCUGGAAGAACCUUGAACCCAGCCUCUACAACAUAAGUAGCAAUUCCACACGUGCACCGGGCGAACUCAUCAAGCAUGAAAACCUUUGCCAGGUGUUUCAAGACGCAAUUGUUGCAACUCGGAGGCUCGGGUUGCGCUACCUGUGGAUCGACUCGCUGUGCACCCCCGCAGGUGAUGAGAAGACCUGGACCAGAGAUUCGGAAAACCUGGCCAUGGUGUACAGGAACGCUUACCUGGUAAUUUCAGCAACAGGGGCCUCCGAUCCCUCAAAGGGCCUAUUCGAGCAGCGGAGCCCCAAAAAUUACGAGCAUUUCCCAAUAAAAGCCGAGUCAGCAGACGGAAACCACAUGGUAGGCAACGUUGCAGCCCUAUCACUGCCUCUUCAGGACGAGAUAUGUGGACGUUGUCCUGAACUGAGGUCCGAGCCUCUCAGUCGAAGUGCCUGGGCCUUCCAGGAGCGUGUCCUUGCCCGGCGAGUACUGCAUUUCACGAGAGACCAGCUUCGCUUUGAAUGCGUUGGUGGUGAGUUUGGUAUGAUGUCGGAGGAUGGAACUUGCAGUCCCUUGCCACGCUUUUUUCACUUGCCGAACCGAUUGGAAAAUGCGGUUCUGUCACCAGACCCCAUGCAGCUCAAAGAUACCGUCACCGGCCAGGUUUCCGUGGCAAAAGUUACCUCAAUCAUGGAAAUGUGGAGUGCGAUCUUGUUUUGGUGCAGCGGCCUAGAUCUCGCUGACCCGUCAGAUCGACUACCCGCCAUGGCCCAAACGGCGCGUGCCUUUCGUGAGAUGGUGCAGCUGCGUGGAACGGAUAGCGACUACCUGGCAGGGAUCUGGAGAAGUAAUCUAAUCGAUGGGUUGAUGUGGGGAUCUAUGAAUGAUUUGCCUAACUUUCGUUCUACGGAGAUUCAGGACGGCACCCCCUCUUGGUCUUGGGCAUCUGUUACUGGACCUGUCACCAACAUUUUGUGGACGUCGGGAAAUUACAGCCUCAUAGGAGAGGUUAUAGAAGCUCAUGCUGAUGUUGCUGACCCUGCUAAGCCGUUUGGGAGGGUCACUGGCGGCUUCAUAAAGCUUCGAGCACCAAUUAUUGCUGUGUCAAUGACUGAGUUUCCUUUCACAGACGGCACAAUGGGUCUACGACCAACCGAAGCUAGUGAUUCUUCUUGCUUGGUGGGGGCCAUCAGCACUUUUUUCGAAACAAUGGACGGCAAUUUUGACCGCUCAGCAGAACAAGUUCGCCAGAUGAAGUUGUUCGUCGUAGUCUUGGCAAUUUCAUCGCACCCCAGCAACGGCGAGGAAUUCUACCACGGUCUUAUUGUCACGCCCACAAAAGAUGACGAUGGCGUGCUGAGGAAAGUCGGGAGGUAUCUCCAGACAGCAAAGCAAGUACGCAGAUGGGUUAUUGACCUGGAUACUCUGGUGCAGACAAUUACACUUGUCUGAACUUCAUUAUUGUGCACCAGAGUGCCAUUAUGACGGGUACAAGUGAGAUCCAGUAUACUAAUCUACAUAGCUAUUAGGUAGUUACCUAGGUAGUUAUGAUAACAUACUGUUAAAGGAG